AUGCUAAUAUAUUUUAUCUCUUUACUUAUUAUUGUAAGUGGACAAUGUAUUGAGAAUACCUAUCUCCAAAUUCCCAAUUCAGUGUAAAAACAAUAAUCUGAAACUGAAAUCGUAAUAAGAUUAGAAGGAGAAUAUAUAAUCGGUUAUGGGGAGAAUUUUAAUAUCAAUGAUAAAUCAAAAAUUCAAAUUCUCUAAUCCUCAGUUAUCUUUGGACCCCAAAAUUUUGAGAUCUAUUGUCCAGCUAUUCAUAUUAUACCUGAUGAAGAGGAGGCUAAAUGUGAAAUCAUAGUAAAUAUGUAUUAAAUGAAUACAACAGAAAUUGAUAACUUAGCAUUUGCUAAACUUGUUAUUCCUGUUGAAACUAAUAAUAAUAUUCGAGAAAAUCCUACACUUCAAAUAUAAAAUAAUUUCUAAUUAAGAUUAGUAGAUUUAGCAGAAUAAUUGAAGGAUGUCGAUUAUUUUGUACAAUAUGAGAAUUGUGGUAAAAAGAUAUUCAUAUUGUCUGAUUCUUUGCCAAUAACAGCAGAACAAAUAUUAAAUUUGUAAAAUUAUUCUAAAUCAUUGGACUCCACAGCUCCAACAGAGUUAAUAACCCCAUAACUCAAAGGUUUGAUUAAGGUUGAAAAUUUUACUGUUGAUAAAAGAUCAACUAUACACCUAUUUGCAUUAUUUACAAUAAUUUGUGGAGUCAUCUUAUUAGCAUGUAUUAGGGCAUUCAAGAAAAGAGUUGAAGAAAACCCACCAUAGAAUGAUGAGUUAUUGAAUUAAUAAGAAUUAAAGGAUCUUAAAUGA